AUGACAACUCCUGCGCCCAUAACCACAACCACCGCAUCGUCCUCUCCCCAUGUUGACCCAGCCAUCUUCUCCUCGCUCCAGACCAAAAUCGACGAAGAACAAGCAAUUCGCGACGAGCUAAGAACGCAUGUCGACGUGCUAUCGAAGCAAGGCCGCCUGACACAAUCCAUACUCUCUCGCAUCCACAACACACCGACCGACCAGCUAGAAGCCAAUGUCCUGACGCCCUGCUACGAUGCCCUCUCGGAACAGACCAAGACGGUGAAAGAAUUGGCCGAGUCGGCGUCCAAAUACCCCUUCUACAAAUGGAACUCUAUCUGGCAACGCGACAUUCAGACGCUGAUCAGCAGCAUGCAAUUAUGCGACUGGCUCAAGAGUGGUAAUCUCCUGACGCUAGAAGAGGUCGGGCAGAGAUUAAAUGUCCCCGUCAACCUCAAAUCCGAAGAUGCCUUCCAUAUCACCGUCGAAGACUACCUACUCGCGCUCACCUCGACGAUCGAAGAGCUUGCGCGCCUGGCUCCUAAUGCAGUCACGCUGGGCGACUAUGCGCGACCGCUACAGAUCUCCAAAUUCAUCAAAGACGUCCACGCCGGAUUUCAACUGUUGAACUUGAAGAACGAUAUUCUGAGGCGUCGAGCAGAUGGGGUCAAAUAUAGUGUCAAGAAAGUCGAAGAUGUCGUCUACGAUUUGAGUCUACGUGGGUUGAUCCCCAAAAAUAACGAAACGGGUUGA